AUGGCUUAUUUCUUAGUGCUUCCGUCCCAUGCCCCUUUGAGUUGUGCGUCUCAGCCCUCGCACUCACGGUAUUGGACAACUUGUCGCUCCUCCCCUCCUACGCUACGGCACGGCAUGAUGUUGAUUGGGGUGGGGAGAGAGCCCCGUGAAGGCGGUCAAGAAGUAGUCCAAUAUUCCAAUCUGCUCCGGUAUUCCAGCGUGCCAAUUUACUUUACCAGUUACCUUACGGUAGGUAGGAUGCAUGGAUGGAACAAGAUGCCGAUGGUUUAG